CAAGUGUUUGAUUCACACAUUGAUUGUCAGCUGUUCUCACAUUUAGGGCUAUUUUGGGCGCAAAACAGGGAUUAAUAAUCACUUUAUUUACGAUCAUUUGCACAAAAAGGACAUUCAUUUCACAGUUUAUAUGAAAUCACAUCUAAAUUAUCACUGAAUUAAACAAUCAUUUAAUUUAAAGUUAACCCAAAGUUUCGGAUCAAUUGCAGUGAUGUCUCAGCCGGAUGUGAGCCGACUAUUGGCCACCGCAAAGUAUCGAUACGCGGAUCAGAGUAAACGAGACAUAAUGUCGGCCAUCAAUAACUACAAGAACUUGAGUCCAGUGGUGGAGAAGUACGUGUACUCGGAUGGCAACCAUCGGGACCUGAUCUGUCUGACGGGCACAAUCCCGGUGCCAUAUAAGGGCGCCGUAUAUAACAUUCCGGUCAGCAUAUGGUUGACUGAAUCGCAUCCAUACAACGCCCCCAUCUGUUACGUCAAGCCCACCAGAGACAUGACCAUCAAAGUGUCCAAACACGUGGACACUGAGGGCCGCAUAUACCUGCCAUACCUCAGCGACUGGAAGGCCAACACGUCCGACCUGUUGGGCGUGAUUCAGGUGAUGAUCUGUGUGUUUGGAGAGACGCCUCCCGUCUACUCCAAGCCCAAGAACGCCCCGAACGCCGGCCCCACUCCUGAUGCCUCUCAGCCGGUGCCCAAGAACGCCCCGAACGCCGGCCCCACUCCUGAUGCCUCUCAGCCGGUGGUCAACCCUUACAACCCUUCGGGUUAUCAACCGAUGCCUCGAGUAAACAACCCAUCGAUGGUCGCCACCAAUACUCCAUACCCUACACCCCAAUAUCCGGGUCAAUAUCCUUACCCAACACCGGGCAACCCGACACAACCCUAUAUCCCCCCGAUCUCCACGUCCAACCCAUACCCCCCUUAUACCCAAUCCAACGCUUUCGAGACGCCUUAUCCGCCACAAUCGGUCACAACUACAUCGCAGUUAAGUCCGGGAACGGGAACCAUAGGCCUUUCAGGACGAGAGAGGAUCCGCGAGAGGGCCCGCAAACGCAUAGAACAGGCCAUGAAAGAGGUCGAGGAGGAAGAGCGCCAGAAGCGCAUCGGACCGGGAGGUCUGGACCCCGAAGAAGUGUUCAAUUCAUUGCCAGAAAGUCUUCAGAAGUGCUUCGAGUCGCGCGAUGUGACGCUCCUGCAGGAGACUAUCGGCCAAUUGGAUGAGAAGGACGCGCGCUAUCACAUGAAGAGGUGCGUCGACUCUGGCCUUUGGGUUCCGGACGCCAAAUACCUUCAAACGGCAGAAAACGACGAAUCGGAACCCAAUUCAGAAGCAAUCUAUUCGGAGCCAAAACCCAAGGAUAACUAA